AUACUUGUGCCAGGAGACGGAUUUGGGGAUCCUAGGACCCCGCGCUCAGGGGCGGCUGGGGUAAACCCGCCAUGCGUUGGGGGCUCCGCUGUCACGGGCCCGGGGCGACGACGGCCAUGGCUGCAGCCCGGCGUUUGUGGGGGCCGCCCCGCUUUCCCCGCAGCCCCGGGUGGCGAGGGACGUCCCGGAGGCUUGUGGUGCGCUCAGUGUCCGGGGCCAACAGCCAGCAGACGAACCCCCAGAACGGCAGGUACCGGGACACGGUGCUGCUGCCGCAGACCAGCUUCCCCAUGAAGCUGCUGGGUCGCCGGCAGCCGGACACAGAGCUGGAGAUCCAGCAGAAAUGUGGAUUUUCAGAGCUUUAUUCAUGGCAAAGAGAAAGAAAAGCAAAGACAGAAUUUUGUCUCCAUGAUGGACCUCCUUAUGCAAAUGGUGACCCACACGUGGGACAUGCUUUGAAUAAGAUUUUGAAAGACAUAGCCAAUCGGUACCAUAUGAUGAGAGGUUCCAAAGUACAUUUUGUGCCAGGCUGGGAUUGUCAUGGGUUGCCCAUUGAAAUUAAAGUAUUAUCAGAACUUGGUGGAAAAGCUCAGAAUCUUUCAGCUAUGGAAAUUCGAGAGAAAGCUAGGUCAUUUGCUAAGGCAGCCAUUGACAAACAGAAAUCAGCAUUUAUUCGUUGGGGAAUAAUGGCGGACUGGAAUAAUUGCUACUACACCUAUGAUGCAAAAUAUGAAGCUAAACAGUUGAAAAUUUUUUACCAAAUGUAUGAUAAGGGCUUGGUUUAUCGAUCUUAUAAACCUGUGUUUUGGUCUCCCUCAUCAAGGACUGCUUUGGCUGAAGCAGAACUUGAAUAUAAUCCUGAGCAUGUUAGCCGUUCAGUCUAUGUCAAGUUCCCGCUCCUGAAACCUCCCCCUAAGCUGGCCUCUCUUAUAGGGGAUAGUUCCUCUCCUGUUAGUUUUUUAAUUUGGACCACCCAACCUUGGACAAUUCCAGCUAAUGAGGCCAUUUGUUAUAUGCCUGAGUCAAAGUAUGCGCUUGUGAAGUGUUCUGAUUCUGGAGACCUCUACAUACUGGCUGCAGAUAAAGUAGCAUCUGUUGCUUCAACUUUGGAAACAACAUUUGAAGUUAUUUCAACGUUCUCAGGUGGAGAUUUAGAAAGUGGCUCCUGUCGUCAUCCUUUGAAGCCUGAUAAAGUCUCUCCCCUUUUGCCUGCCAAUCAUGUCACCAUGGCAAAAGGAACAGGAUUGGUCCACACAGCCCCAGCACAUGGCUUGGAGGAUUAUGGUGUAGCGUCUCAGCACAAUCUGCCAGUGGAUUGUUUAGUGAAUGAAGAUGGAAUUUUCACAGAUGAUGCAGGUCCUGACCUUCGAGACAAAUCUGUCCUUGAAGAAGGAACCGAUGUGGUUAUAAAGAUGCUUCAGACCACGAAGAAUUUGUUAAAAGAGGAAAAAUUGGUACACAGCUAUCCUUAUGACUGGAGAACUAAGAAACCAGUGGUUAUUCGUGCCAGCAAGCAGUGGUUUAUAAAUAUCUCGGACAUUAGGACUACAGCCAAGGAAUUGCUGAAAACGGUGAAGUUUAUUCCUGGAUCAGCACUGAAUGCCAUGGUUGAAAUGAUGGACAGGCGGCCAUAUUGGUGUAUAUCAAGACAAAGAGUGUGGGGUGUUCCGAUUCCUGUGUUCCAUCAUAAGACGAAGGAUGAAUACCUGAUCAACAGCCAAACCAUGGAGCACAUUGUGAAAUUGGUGGAGCAACACGGCAGUGACAUCUGGUGGACUCUUCCCCCUGAGCAGCUUCUUCCGAAAGAGGUUUUAUCUCAGGUUGGUGGUCCUGAUGGUUUGGAGUAUGUGCCAGGUCAGGACAUUUUGGAUAUCUGGUUUGAUAGUGGAACCUCGUGGUCUUAUAUUCUGCCAGGUACUGAUCAAAGAGCAGAUUUAUAUUUGGAAGGAAAAGAUCAGCUUGGAGGAUGGUUUCAGUCUUCUUUAUUAACAAGUGUGGCAACAAGGAAAAAAGCACCUUUUAAGACAGUGGUUGUUCAUGGGUUUACCCUCGGAGAAAAGGGUGAGAAGAUGUCUAAGUCUCUAGGGAAUGUUGUUAAUCCUGAUGUUGUCAUCAAUGGAGGGCAAGAUCAGAACAAAGAGCCUCCUUAUGGUGCUGAUGUUCUUCGCUGGUGGGUAGCUGAGUCUAACGUCUUCACUGAAGUGACGAUUGGUCCAUCUGCCCUGAAUGCUGCUAGGGAUGAUAUUAGCAAGCUUAGGAAUACACUCCGCUUUCUUUUGGGUAAUUUGGCUGAUUUCAACCCUGAAACAGAUUCUGUCCCUGUGGACAAUAUGUACAUCAUAGACCAGUAUAUGCUACACUUACUUCAGGACUUAGCAAGCAAGAUUUCUGAGUCGUACAAACAAUAUGAUUUUGGAAAGGUUACUCGGCUGUUGCGAGCAUUUUAUACAAGAGAGCUCUCCAACUUUUAUUUCAGCAUCAUCAAAGAUAGACUUUAUUGUGAAAAUGAGAAUGAUCCCAAACGGCGCUCCUGUCAGACUGCAUUAGCUAAAAUCCUGGAUGUAAUAGUCCGUUCUUUUGCUCCCAUUCUUCCUCACUUGGCUGAAGAAGUAUUCCAACACAUACCUUACAUUAAAGAACCUAAGAGUGUGUUUCGCACUGGGUGGAUCAGUACAAGUUCUAUCUGGAAGAAGCCUGGCUUGGAGGAAGCAGUGGAGAGCGCAUGUGCAAUGCGAGAUUCGUUCCUUGGAAGCAUCCCUGGCAAAAAUGCAGCUGAGUUUGAGGUUAUCAUUGUGAUCGAGCCUGGACUGCUUUUUGAGAUAAUUGAGAUGUUACAAGCUGAGGAGACUUCCAGCACCUCUCAGUUGAAUGAACUGAUGAUGGCUUCUCAGUCAACUCUACUGGCUCAGGAACCACGAGAGAAAAGUGAAGAUGCAAUUGAACUUCAAGGAACAUUCCUCAUCAAUUUAGAAGGUGGUGACAUUCGUGAAGAGUCUUCAUAUAAAGUAAUUGUCGUGCCCAGCACCAAAGAAAAAUGCCCUCGCUGUUGGAAGUACACAUCUGAGGCCUCAGAUACACUGUGUCCCCGAUGUGCAGGAGUUGUUAAUGGAAAAUAGUACUUGAGUACCACAGCUUAGCUGAGCUGUUUACAAUACUAGACAUCCAAUAUUCAGGUAAUGAGUGAAAGAGUAACAUGGAGAAUUAGCGUCAAAUCAGAAGUAUAAAAGUACAGCAUUUCCUGUAAUGUAUAAUGUAUAUACAAAGUAGAAAUAUAUGUAUAUAUACACACACAACAUAAUGUGUGGAGGAAGACUUGUGUGUAUUUCUUUAAAAUGAACUUGUUCAGAAAAUAUGCACAGAAAAUGUUUUAUAUUUUAUAAAUCUUUUGGACUCAGAAAAGCAUGAUGUCUCAAAAAUAAAGGCGUUCUGAAAAACUA